GUAAAGCUGAGAGCACAUCAGCGUAGUGACCUUCUCACUCGGUUUUGACAGCACGGCUCGUCAUGGAAAAGAGGGCGUGCGACAGACAGACACACAGACAGACAGACAGACAGACGGGCAGAGAGACAUCAUCACGUCGUGCAAUGUCCUGUUGCUGCCACUCAGACUAACCAGAGGCACACAGCACUGCUGGCAAGCACAAAAAACCAACAAACUAGUCGUGCUGACAGACAAAGCGAUUCCCUCCCCAACCGCCCCCUAAUCGCAGAGAGACAAGAACGCAGAAGACAGAGAGAGAGAGGGGCUUGUCUUGACGUAGCCGACACACCCAUAACGUACGUACGCACACCAAGCGCCUACAAGCGGCUCUUCGAUUAAGUAGCCCAUGCAUGGUUUGCACACAUCUACAUGCAAUCACACGUCCACGCAUACGCCACACGAAUUAAUAUUGAACGUCAGAGCAGCCGAGUCAUGUUUGUGUCACUGACAACCGUGACUCGAGAGGAAAAAAGUCAUGAUGACCCCCGAGCGAGAUCCAACGUUGAUCACAUGGACGGAUGGGUGAGAUCGACACACGAGGUAGAACACAAGCAGCCGCCCCAGCAUCAUGCUCCAUCGGCAUUCAAAAACAAGCCGGCGCGAUGCCGCCGGAUCAACGCCUCGAUCAGGUGGUCAAGGCCUCCUCCAAAGUCGUAGCUGUUGGUCGCCACGAAGAGACCAAGCCCGAUCUCCGGAGCGAGCAAGACGUACGUGACCCACAACCAGUCGGUUCCGUCAUGCUCGAGCACCCGACCUUUGGCCCAUGUGCUCGAGCUCACACCCCAGCCCAUAGAGUAGUCGGGCGACCCAGGUGGCGGCGAGUGCAGCUCGUCAAAGCUGUCGGCGCUCACGAUACCGUCCUUUGCACCGGUGGCAUUUGCGAGGUGUUCGACCAUAAACUUUGCGUAGUCGGCCACGGAGCAGUGCACCGACCCCGCUGGCCCGAUAGCUGGCGGGAUAUUACUAACCACGUCAGCGAGCGCAGGCGGAAUGGCCGUCCAGUGACCCGGGACUCCCCAGUGACCCCACGGCUGGUCUCGACCCGAGCCGUCCGGCGCUCCGAAGCCACACGAGGCCAUCCCCAGCGCCUCAAAAAUCUCCACUCGAACGAACUCUUCCCACGACACUCUCGUCACUUCCUCCAUCAUCACUCCCGCAACCACGUAGCCGGCAUUGCUGUAAUUAUGCUCUCCCCGUGGACCCACAGGCGGCUCGGCGAGCAGCUCGGCCGCGUAGUCCCGUCGCUGCUCGAUGAUCGGAGUCGAAUCAGUGAAGAGGGACGCCCAGGAGAAAUGCUCAGUGAAGAGUUUUGUUGGGAGUCCGCCGGUGUGGUAGAGCAGCUCUCGCAGCGGGACGUCGACGUACUCGUCGCGCAUCGAGGGCACCAGGUCGGGAAGGAUCUCACCGAUGGUCGCCUCCCACGACAGCAGUCCUCGGUCGACCAGCACAGCGGCAAGGGUCGCUGUGAUAGCCUUGCUGACGGAGUUGAGGAGCCACAGAUCGUCGGUCUGCACUUGCUCCUCAUACCCAAUCGCACGCACGCCAGUUGCCGCCAUCUCCACCACUUGUCCAUUGUGCACCGAGACUGCGGCCAGUGCGGGGAGUUGCCGGCCGGUGCGAAUCGCCUCCAGGACCGAUUGCAGACCUCCGUCCCCCGCCACGCCGACAUCGAUAUCUUGCGGCAGUCUUGACGCCGGGUCUGCGGCGAGUGCGGGUAGUUGCAGGCUGGUGCGGAUCGCCUCCAGGACCGAUUGCAGACCUGCCACGCCGAUAUCUUCCGGGAGUCCUGACGCCAGGUCUGCGCUGGCACACAAUAGGGCGGCGAAAACGAACGGGAGGGUGAAUCGUUUCGCCAUGGGUGGCAGAUACAGAUGGAAUAGAGCAGGGGCCCAGAUAUCCCUAGGCCUGCGCGGAGAGCACUGCAGCAAAUACAGGUACGCAGUGCCCUGCCUGCCCCCCGCUCACGUACCUGCUCAAGUCAGCUUCUGCAAGGGCAUCUACUGGGCGGUGAUCAGCGAGUAAAGGGAUGAAUGCAGAAUCACGUCCUCCAGUAGCGGGAGUCGUUAGCGUACGUGCAUUUGAAUGUGCACCGCGCCAACCGGGCAGCCAGGGCAGACACAGGAGCUGACUCAGACAGAUGUAUCAAAGAGCCCCCGGACGGGAAGAAACCGGGCUUUCGAUG